AUGUUCAAAUUGUUCGCUCUCUGCUUCGUAGCCCUCUUCGCCUGUGCCUUCGGUGCCGCCAAACCAGCGCUCCUGGCUUCUCCAUUGGCGUACUCAGCCCCUCUAGCCGCUGCUCCUGUUGCUGCUGCCUACGCCGCGCCUGUAGCCGCUGCUUACUCCGCUCCUCUCGCCUACACCGCAGGUUAUGCGCCCUACAUCGCUCCCUAUGCUAGCAGCUACACUGCUCAUGGCGUCGCACACACUGCUGCCUUCCCUGCUGCCUACGCUGCUGCUCCAUAUGUCGCUUCAUAUGCCGCUCCAGCCGUAGUUCCCGCCGCACGCUUCGUCGCCCCAGCAGCUCCAGUAGUUGCCGCUGCUCCCGCACCUGUCGUAGCUGCUGCUCCCGCAGUUGCCGCAGCCCCAGCCAUCGCUGCUGUUCCAGUUGUGAAGAAAUAA